AUGGAAGAACAGUCGUUGAAAAUUUUAGCUAAAAAACUAAUCAAAAGUCUUGUUAGAUUUGGUGGUGCACGUAAUGAAGAUAUUGUUACAUGGUUACACAAUGCUGAAGAAGUAUUUGAUCGAGCACAACUUCGACCAUCAAAUAAAUAUAUAGCUGUACAAUACUAUUUAACUCAUAUGGCUGAAAAAUUGUUUCGAUUGACUAAGCCAUCUAUUCCUGAUUGGUCCACAUUUAAACAUGAAAUUAUUAAAGCUUUUCAACCAACAUGUUAUCAAACAUUCUUAAAAAUGAAACAAUGUUUACAAUUACCUCAUGAAUCUGUUAUGGGAUAUUAUUCUGAUAAAAUUCAACUGUGUUUACAAGCUGAUUCAAAUAUAAGUAUAUCAAUAAUAAUUCAUCAUUUAAUUACAAGAUUAACACAAUCAUUAAUUCCUCAUGUUAUUCGUCGACAUCCUUCUACACUUACUGAUUUCCUUACUAUUGCACAAGAGGAAGAACAAAUACAAUUUACAUUAAAUGAUUUAUCAC